AGCGAACGACUUGCUUGGCCAUGGCCAGUUUAUGAGGUUUUUUGGAACUCAUUAAAAUGUAGAGGAAGGAGGACUUUUUUUGGACUCAACAGCAAAGAUUCUUUUCGUUUUCUACUUUCAUGCUUAAAACUACUCUACUAAAAGAUAAGACUCUCUGUUUUUGCGACCGGAAGAUCAACAACAAGACAACGCACCAGCAGAAAGCAGAAGCUCCGCUGCAGCGUAUUGUCAGCAAACGGGAUGGACACCAACAACACCACCUACCAAGAAUUAUUGAUGGCACCCUCGUUGACAGAUGAGCCCCACGAGGGACCACGGUGACCCCUCUUCAGCGUGAAAGCAAACCCCUCCUAAGGAGACAGAGAAGAGUGGCCGCCUCCCUUGCGCGGCGACGCGGAUCCUGCUCUUGACCUUGCGGCUCUACAACGUCAACUGCGUCGCUCUGCCGCACGACGAACCGCGCACACAGUCAAGAAGCAACAACCUCCAAAAUCGGCCACCAAAAGGAUGUCCGAAGACGGUUAUGUCUCUUGUAACGAUCGGAAUUCGAGUCGCAGUUCGGGUUGUAAGAAUGAAACUACGACCCCGAGCACCAAUUCCGACGACGGGCACUUGUUUGAGUGCUCGCCCUGUGAGCCCGACCCAAACGCGAGCAACAGUAGCACUGAUGAGGAAGGAGAGCAGCUGCAACAGGGUAUUAUUCUUAGGAGAACCUCAAGUCAAUACUAGCCUUAUCCCGCUUCCCGUGUCCAGUAACCUGCAGACUUAAUAGUAUUCCGCUAGAUGAAUAGUAGCACUCAGCGUGUCUCUGUGGAGAAUCGUUGUCGGCGCUUCAGCACAGGCAGGCCCAUCUGCCGGCGAUUUUCAAAGCGUCAGAACGGCUUCGGCACGAUCCGGCACCGGCCGGCGCGGUGGGCAGGUUGGCCUUUGCCGUCAUCUUGCAUGCUGGCACCGGCGUGGCCGCGAUCUGGCGGCGGGGGGCGGGCAUGGUCGGGCACCGGCUUGGCCAGGGCCCGACACCGGCGUGGCCAGGGUCCGGCACCGGCUUGGGCAUGAUCGGCCACCGGCACGGUCAUGCCCAUGACCUGGCACCGGCGUGGCCACGACCUGGCACCGCCUUGGCCAUGAUUUGGCUGGCACCGGCUUGGCCGCGGCCUGGCACUUGCAGGCAUGGCCAUGAUUCCGCACCGGUUUGGCUAUGCUCUGGCACAGGCAGGCAGGCUUGGCCGUGAUUCAUCUGGCAACGGCUUGGCCACGGCCUGGCACCGGCUUGGCCAUGUUCUGGCACCGGCUUGGCCAUGAUUUGGCGCCGGCGUCGGCUUGGGCACGACCCGGAGCCGGCAGGCUUGGCCUUGCCAUGACCUGGAGCCGGCUCGGCCAUGGCCUGAGCGGGCGCCGGCCUUGCCGUGAUCUGGCACCGACCGGCCUGGCCACGACCUGGCACCGGCUUGGCAGUGGUGUGGCACCGGCCUGGCCAUGUCCUGACAUGGGCCUGGCCAUGAUCUGGCACCGGCUUGGCCAUGAGCUUCCUGGCGCCGGCUUGGCCGUGAUCCAUCUGGCACCGGCUCGGCCAUGAUCUGGCGCCGGCCUUGCCGCGACCUGGCACCGGACGGCUUGGCCAUGAUCUGGCGCCGGGUUGGCCAUGAUGUGGCACGGGGCGGGCGGGGCCACGACCUGGAACCGGCUUGGCCAUGAUCUGGCACCGGCUUGGCCCUGAUCUCAUCAGGCGCCGGCCUGGCCAUGAUCUCUCUGGCGCCGGCCUGGCCACGACCUGGCACCGGCUUGGCCACGAUCUGGCACCGGCUUGGCCAUGAUCUGGCACCGGCUUGGCCAUGACCUGGCACCGGUUGGCUGGCAGGCUUGGCCAUGAUCUGGCAUGCGGGCGCUGGCAGGUUUGGCCAUGAUCUGGCACCGGCUGGCUCGACAGGCUUUGGUCAUGAUCUGGCACCGGCUUGGCCACGGCCUGGCACCGAGUUGGCAGGCUUUGGCCAUGAUCUGGCACCGGCUUGGCCACGACCUGGCACCGGCGGGCUUGGCCACGAUCUGGCGCCGGCUGGGCCAUGAAGAUCUGGAACCGGGCGGCCUGGCCAUGAUCUGGAAGCGGCUUGGCCAUGAUCUGGCGCCGGCUUUGCCAUGAUCUGUCAUGCGGAAACACCCCGGGCGGAUUUUUGUUCUAAAAUGUGGCUAAUUUUUCCGGGAUUUCAAAAAUUCCGGGCGCCCUUUCCGGCAGGCCCCACCGGCAACAGCCCGAGGCCCACAAAAUUGCCCCGCUCGCCCUCUCAUGCGCCUCGGCUGUGUUGCCGCUGUUCGGCUUUUGGGCCUCUAGGUUGGUCGUGGACGUGGUGUCCAGAGGUUUUCCAAGUUUUAAAAUUUAAAAAUUCGGGCUGUUUUUCACGGAAAAGUGGUCCACACAAUUUUCCAAAGCUUUUCGGGGUUUGUUGGAGAAUCAGUGUGGUGGAUGUUUGGGUUGUGUAUGGGGCACAGUAUCGGGGGCUGGAGGUCAAGGUGUGCCGUUUUCGAAUGUGAAGCGGCGCGCGAUUUUGUGUGUUGCCACUUCGCAUUCCGCUGGCGUUUUGGUUUGUAUCUCUCGUGGGAUAGAAGAUGUUGCUCGCCCCUCGGAACAUGAUGCUCGACAUGCACGUCGAGCAUCAUCUUCCAAGAUCACCCACAACAACGCAUGUCGGGUGAGGGAAUGUCGGGAAGUCCAAUUUUAGAAGAUCCGAACAACUUCGGUUUUCGGCUUCUAAAACUGGGCACUUUCGGAUUCUAAAGUCCCGGGCGCGCACCUUCUAAAACCACAAAACUCGCAAAUCCUGCGGGAUUUUGCGCUAUCGGUGGUUUUAGAGGAUUUUUUAGAGGACGGGCAAGGUCCGGGUUUUUCCGCCUCCGGAAGCGAUUUUAGAGGGCAUUUUAGAAGAAUCCGGGCGAAAAAUUAGAAGUGGCUUUUAGAGGUGGUUUUUAGAAACCACUUUUAGGGACCACUUUUAGAGGCGGAAAGUAGAGACGGGUUUUAGAGACGCAUUUUAGAGACGGAUUUUAGAGGCGCAUUUUAGAGGCGCACUUUAGAGGCGCAUUUUAGAGAGGGAAAUUAGAGGCCAAUUUUAGAGGCCGGAAUUAGAGGAUGGCUGCAGAGGGCAUGGCAAUGGGUGGCGUUGUGCAUGGUCUGCUUGUCCGCGCCUUCAGGUCGUGGCGACUUCCUCUGUGGAGUUUCGUGUCGAGCCGAGGCAUUGACCACUCGGUGUCCGGAGUGGGUUGUGGUAGUGCCUUUCCGCGUCUCAUCUAGUUCUUCAUGAGUAUGACUCUUUGGGGAUGUCCUGUUCGCAGUCUGGGUUCUUCCUCUUCGCGUCAUUUCGUUAGCCCCUCGCCGGACUCUCCUUCCCGCUGUCGCUUUUCGUUUCAUCCGCCGAUGGGGAAUUUGGGUGGGCCUUUUUUUUUGAAAACCGGAAAAAUUAGAAGGAUAUUAGAAAGGAAAACCGCCCGGGCGUUUUCCGCAUGAGAUCUGGCACCGUCUUGGCAGGCUUUGGCCAUGAUCUGGAACCGGCUUGGCGCUGAUCUGGCACCGGCUUGGCCAUGAUGCAUGUGGCACCCACGCACCGGCUUGGCAGGUUUUGGCCAUGAUCUGGCACCGGCUUGGCCGCGAUCUGGCACCGGCUUGGCUAUGAUCUGGCACCGGCCCGGCCAUGAUCUGGCACCGGCUUGGCAGGCUUUGGCCAUGUUUUGGCACCGGCUUGGCCGCGACCUGGCACCGGCUUGGCCACGACCUGGCACCGCCUCGGCCAUGAUUUGGCACCGGCAUGGCCAUGAUCUGGCACCGGCGGGCUUGGCGGGCUUUGGUCAUGAUCUGGCAACGGCCGGCGGGCUUGGCCACGACCGGGCACCGGCAGGCUUGGCAAUGAUCUGGCACCGGCUUGGCCAUGAUCUGGCAUCGGCAUGGCCACAGUCUGGCACCGGCUUGGCCACGACCUUCCUGGCACCGGGCGGCUUGGCCAUGAUCCGGAACCGGCCGGCUGGCAGGCUUGGCCGUGAUCUGGCACCGGCUUGGCAGCCUCUGGCCAUGAUCUGGCGCCAGCCUUGGCACGGCCUGCCCUGGCACCGGCUUGGCCAUCAUCUGGCAUCGGCUUGGGCACGACCCGGCACCGGCUGGCAGGCUUGGCCAUAAUCUGGCACCGGCUUGGCAGGCUUGGCCAUGAUCUGGCACCGGCUUGGCAGGCUUUGGCCAUGAUCUGGCACCGGCUUGGCCACGACCUGGCACCGGCUUGGCCAUGAUCUGGCACCGGCUUGGCUAUGACCUGGCACCGGCUCGGCAGGUUUUGGCCAUGAUCUGGCACCGGCUUGGCCAUGAUCUGGCACCAGCUUGGCCAUGAUCUGGCACCGGCUUGGCCACGACCUGGCAUCGGCUUGGUCAUGAUCUGGCAACGGCUUGGCCAUGAUCUGGCAACGGCUGGCAGGCUUGGCCAUGCAUGAUCUGGCACCGGCUUGGCAGGUUUCCUCUGGCCACGACCUGGCGCCGGCUCGUGUUUCGAGGUUAGUUGCGUUUCGCACGUUGCUGCCCCGCCUCGAGGCUUCGCUGCUUCGGGGCUUCGCUGCUUCGGGGCUUCGUUGCUUCGGGGCUCCGCUGCUUCGAGGCUUCGCUGCUUCGGGGCUUCGCUGCUUCGGGGCCUCGAGGCUUCGCUGCUUCGAGGCUUCGAGGCUCUGCGGCUUCGAGGCUCUGCGGCCUCGAGGCUUCGCUGCUCCGAGGCUUCGCUGCUUCGAGGCUUCGCUGCUCCGAGGCUUCGCUGCUUCGAGGUUUCGCUGCUUCGAGGUUUCGCUGCUUCGAGGCUUUGCUGCUUCGAGGCUUUGCCGCUUCGAGGCUUCGCUGCUUCGGGACUUCGCUGCUUCGGGGCUUCGCUGCUUCGGGGCUUCGAGGCUUCGCUGCUUGUUCGAGGCUUCGUUGCUUGUUCGAGGAUUCGCCGCUUGUUCGAGGAUUCGCUGCUUGUUCGAGGCUUCGCAGCUUGUUCGAGGCUUCGCUGCUUGUUUGAGGCUUCGCUGCUUGUUCGAGGCUUCGUUGCUUGUUCGAGGCUUCGCUGCUUGUUCGAGGCUUCGCUGCUUCGAGGCUUCGCUGCUUCGAGGCUUCGCUGCUUCGAGGCUUCGCUGCUUCGAGGUUUCGCUGCUUCGAGGCUUCGCUGCUUCGAGGUUUCGCUGCUUCGAGGUUUCGCCGGCCGCUUCGAGGCUUCGCCGGCCGCUUCGAGGCUUCGCCGCUUCGGGGCUUCGCUGCUUCGAGGGUUCGCUGCUUCGAGGGUUCGCUGCUCCGGGGCUUCGCUGCUUUGGGGCUUCGGGGCUUCGAGGCUUCGCCGCUUGUUCGAGGCUUCGCCGCUUGUUCGAGGCUUCGCUGCUUGUUCGAGGAUUCGCUGCCUGUUCGAGGAUUCGCUGCUUGUUCGAGGCUGCGCUGCUUCGAGGCUGCGCUGCUUCGAGGCUUCGCCGCUUCGAGGCUUCGCUGCUUCGAGGCUUCGCCGCUUCGAGGCUUCGCUGCUUCGAGGCUUGGCUGCUUCGAGGCUUCGCUGCUUCGAGGCUGCGCUGCUUCGAGGCUGCGCUGCUUCGGGGCUGCGCUGCUUCGAGGCUUUGCUGCUUCGCCGCUUCGAGGCUUCGCCGCUUCGCCGCUCCGAAGCUUCGCUGCUUCGAGGUUUCGCUGCUUCGCGGUUUCGCCGCUUCGAGGCUUCGCUGCGUGCUUCGAGGCUUCGCGGCUUCGCUGCUUCCUUCGGCGUUUCGAGGCCUCAUCGUUUCGAGGCUUCGCCGCUUAGAAGCUUGGGCACUUUGUCUGCAUUUCGUUUUUGUUGUUUUUCGUUUCUAUUCUUUGUUUUUGUUUUUUGUUUUCAUUCUUUGUUUUCAUUCUUUGUUUCCAUUCUUUGUUUCCGUUUUUCGUUUCUAUUCUUUGUUUUCGUUUUUCGUUUCCAUUGUUUGUUUUCAUUUUUCGUUUCCAUUCUUUGUUUUCGUUUUUCGUUUCCAUUCUUUGUUUUCGUUUUUCGUUUCCAUUCUUUGUUUCCAUUCUUUGUUUUCGUUUUUCGUUUCCAUUCUUUGUUUUUGUUUUUCGUUUCUAUUGUUUGUUUUUAUUGCGGGAUACUAUUAAAUAAUGGGUUUUCUGACUUAUAACUAGUCAUGGUAGAGAUUUGUUGUUUUGCAUUGUCGUGGGCGGCUCUUUUAAUUUUAUGCAUGAAGUUGAAGCCAGAGACAGAUGCUAGAUCAAGGACAUGUUGAUACUACCUUCCAGAUGAACAUAAUUAUACCUGCAGGAGGUCCUGCCCCCGUGGUUUCCGACAUUUUUGUGAAUGCGAAGAGGUACGAAAAGUUUCUGGACAAACUCCCGAAGCCCGAGUGCUUCGGCACAGUGCUGCUGGCGGAUCAUGUGCAAACCCGUGAGGAAAAGCAACAGUACGCGGAUGACUUCACUGCUCGGUACAAGAAAGCGUCCGAGGAGGAGGCGCGGAUCGUCGACCACAAAAAUGUCAAACCCCAGUCGAAUAUGCAUUGCAAAAGUAUCGUGCUAGUAUGAAUUGCAAUACAAGUUGGCUCAGCAUUACAACUCAAAUUUGUAAUGUGGAUUGCCCUCAACAUCUAGAUUUGUAAUGCAGUAUCGCAAUCAGUACGAGCGCGGUACUUUUGCACAGGAUAUCGGAAAUCUACCAGCGCGAUGAGCUGGAACUCCGCCGGGUCCAAUUGGCGCCCCAGGUUGCCGUGUCACGAGAAUGCACAAGCACCUCCUCCCUCUUCAUUUCAUGAAGGGCAUAAGGAUAAGAAUGUUAAGCAGCAACACAAGUGCUGGCAUAAAUGCAGCUUUUGCAUGACAAUAAAUUCGUGACCGAAUCUAGUGCUGUUUCGGCUUCCGAAGUCUGUCAUGCAAGAAGUGCGAAAGAGAAAAAGGCGGUUCUGACCCUAGAUCUCCUGCGUCCGAAGCUGCUUGCGGCGACGGUGCAGAGCUUUUUGAUGUGGCGCAGUCGGGUAAUAUGCGUGACAAAUGAGGGGGAGAGGGAGUUGUACUAGUUGUGCAUUGUCAUACGCUUGUAAAGUUUUGGAUAUCGGCGGCAACCAGGUCGGGAACGUUGUCCAUCUUCCCUGCUACGACAUUUACCACGACCGCUACUCGGCCCAUUACGCCGGGUUGAAGCUGGAGCUCAUCAAGGCGGUUGCGGACAGUCGCUGCGUGGCGGUGUCCGGCACGUUCGCGCAGGUCCUGGAGCAGCAGCUGGCUCUGUCGGGGACCCCGCCUCCCACAGCUGCUGGUAGUGGUGAUAAUAAAAACUACGUGUUCACGUCGGAGAUGGGGAGUGCAUCGGCAGGAGGCGCUACUUCGAGUUCUUCUUCUUCUACAAUCAACAGUUCUACUCCUACAACAUCAAGCCGUGUGUUCGCCUGGGAGCCGAAUGCGUCCGUUCCCUACGAGUACGCGCGCUACCCGACCAUUGUCUUCCAAAACUCCCACAACAUCUACCAUUGUCCGGACGACACCAAGAAAAGUAAGUGGGCGGCGGGCGAUGCAACAGCGGGCAAAGGAACUACCGAGGUGAAUCCACGACCGCCGACCACGAGCAAUUAUUCCAAGCGCCUGGAGAACAGUUGCCUCAAGUUCGCUUUCUCCUUCUGCCCGGACAAGGGGCACUUGGUCCACUGGGGCUGGAUCGAGUACAACACGCUGCAGAAGACAGGUUUGAAGGCCAAGGAGGAGUCGAAAAACACAGCGAUGUUUCUUGGACACGAAAACCCACAAAAGCAGGAGGCGCAGUUUGGCGUCUUCCAAGGAGAGGUGCAGCUUGCGAACAUUGCGCUGCCGGAGGAAGAACAACAGCUGCAGGACCAACAGCGGCUGGAGCCGCGACAGCACCGGCAGUCGAGGGGACGUGUAUGGAUGGUUACUUCUUAAAGGCAUCGCACACGACCUCGUUCGUAGUAGUUGCAAGUAUGCAUUAAUACUAAAGGUUUAUUUGCGAAGAUGAAAAGUUGGAAAUCCGCCUGACAAAUGUGCAAAGGUUUUUGAUGUGCUGCAGUCGCCGGGUAUGCAGGGCAAAUUCCGUAUAUCCCACUGAGUAACUUUGUCAUGCAAUUUUUAGUGGUGCGUGCGAAUGCGAUACUUUUGUAUAUGCAUAAUGUGGUCACCGAGACGAUUACGCGGUCCUGGCUGGCGGCGGCGAGGCCGGAGGUCGUCGUUAUCACGAACUGUUGGAGACGAUGUUGGGAAUAUCCUGGGAACAAGUUGUAAUAUCGUACAACUGGUAGUACUAGUUACAGCUAUGCAUGACACCAGACCUCCCUCCUAAGCAAAAUUAGCAUGAGAAAUUUUAUGUUAGUUACUUAUACUACUGGGCGAAAUUUUAUUUUCGAUGCAAAAACUUAGCAGGGAAAGGAUCCAUGUGCCGGAUUGGGAGGUCGGUGCGUGCUUCUUCUGGCAAGGCUCGUCUAGAAGUAAUCACUGACUGCGGGACGUCGUUCAUGUAUGCGCUGCGUCAUGGCAUACGCAGUGGGUCCGGUGCUCGAGCUACAGUGACCGAGCCGCUGUGGAGUUUAAGUACUCUCCGCGCCGGACCUAAAAAACAAGGCUCAUAGCCCCGGCUCGGUUGCUGAUCAGAUUCGCCCUACACCCAUGCAGAAAUGCUACAGUGUGUGCGUGUUUGGUCCCCCCUGAACGACGUGUGUGUGAGUGUGGCCCACACCCAAGUCCGAAAAAACCUAGCCUCAUAACAGCCGCGCCCCUAAGGUAUAGAUCAACUGUUCGUCAUAGAAGAUCGGCGUUCAGCUGCUCUCGGGCUGGAGGAGGGAGUAGCAAGCAGCAGUCCGCUUAAAGGGCACACUGCCAACAUCAUCAUCACGAGAACUAAUGCGAUACAACUUUUGCACUUUAUAGACACCUCCACCUCCAGACUCCGACUCGGACGACUCAGAUUAUAGUUGGAGCUCCAGUCAGCUAUCAAGUGCAAGUAUAUCUGGAUUCUCUGGAGGAUGAAACUUAUGAUGCUGGGCAGCUGCAGAUGGUUGAAACAUUUCUACUAAAUGGCGACAAGCAUGAUACGUUUUUCGAAAGCCCUGAGAGACGACAUUUUCGCAUCAAUAUGCAUGACGAAGAAAAAGAAAACUGCGCUUGUGGUGCCGGUCAUACAGAUUUUCUAGCCGUGUAAUAUUGCAAGACUACGAGAAGAACCAUCGCAAGUUCCAUCUGUCCUGAACACCAGACGUCCUCUCUUCGUUCUUCAUAUCUUGAGUUUGAUGAUGACCCUAUACGGCGUAGGUCAACCGCACCAGCAUCGGCCAGCAUGUCUCCGGCGCUGAUUAACCGCAGCAAAACACGGAUCAGGAGCCAGGGAGUUGAAAGCGCCACGUUUCUGAAAACAACUCCGGACAACAAUGCGGAUGACAAACCUGAUGGUUACCAGAAGAACUACACCAACGCCGAGCCGUGUCGUAAUCACCUGUACUACCAAGUUAACAUGAUUCACAACUACUACAAAAAGAACGAGCAGAACAGACCCCAACAUCGAUUCGAGUACAGGGGCAAUUAUCCCUAUAAUCGUUACGACAACCGCGACCGCCCGGUCCCUCCUGCGCCGCGGGAGCAGACCAAAGCGGAGAAUGCAGUUCUACCUGGGUGCCAGUUUCUCUUCAAAACAGAGGAGGAGCGGGAUUUGUUUGUCAAAGAUGCGAAGACUAUGCAGAAGAUUCUCUGCGACAUGUGCACGACGGGGAAAUUUAAGCGUGUGGUGUUGGAGGUGAUGGGCAACAGUGACGGCUUUCGCGAAAAGGAGCAAUUCACUGCGGUGUACGAGAACAAGUUGAUGCAGGUCAUCCACGCGCAUUACGCCGAGCGCGCCCACAACCAGUACAAUCGCCAGACAGACCACACAAAUUGGAAAAAGAUCGCGGAAGAGUUCGUUCUAGUUCUCGACGACGCGGGCGGCUGGGGCAUGGAAAUUUUGGACGGGAAGACCCGCGGGGAAGCGCCGAACCACCCGGUGAAAGCAAUGGACUGCGGGUUUAUACAUUGCAAAUAUGUCUGAGUCUGGAAGAGUGCGAAUUUGUGAUGCGAACUGGUCUACAUCAUGACAAAAUCUGUCAUGCGUGGCUAGCGAAAGGCCACAGCUCUUGUUACCGAAAGAGGGGAUGUGUCAUGCCGAUUAGGCAUUGGGGUACCUGGUGCUCCAAGUCUGUGAUGCUAGAGCUUGCAUGCCAGACGAUCUAGGUCAGGCAAAAACUACAUGACAAACCUUGCAUCGUCCUUCCAGACCCAGACAUAUUUGCAUUUGAUAGGGUUGGUAAUGGAGCAAGUGUUUAAGAGUCGCAUGCACCUGGACGAGAGCGAGGGGGGGAGCUUCUCUGACCCGGUGACCUUCCGUUUGAUCGGGAAAAUUGAGGAGAGAGAUAAGGAGCGGGAGGCGGCGCAGGGCGCGGCACAGCAGGCAAAGAACAAGUAAAGCAGGAAUGGAAUUUCGUAGAAGAGGGCAGGAAUCAUGUUGCGAGCGGGGGGAUUUUGUAAGGGAGCGAUCGAACUAUAGUUUUUGCUAUAAUGAUCGCUGAACGAAAAUCUACUUCACAUGGUGCCAGUGGCGAUUAUCUAUCAGGCUUUUUUGAUGAUGUUCCUCCAAAGAAAGUGGCUCCCUGGUACGCUGUACAACAAGCCGUAGCUUCCACUGAAGACAAAAGAUGAAGCGACAUUUCGAAAAAUUACGUAGUACUUGUUCAUAUCAAGUCGAGGACAAGUUGUUUCUGUAAUACUACUAUACGACUUUGAUGGAACAAGUCCGAUGGAAUCGCCUGGGAAGGUCAGGCUCGUUCUUUAAGGUGUUUUUGCCUCAUCACUCUUUUACGACGAAACUAAACGGUUGC